CAGUGCCGGGAGGAGGCUGCGGGCGCCGCUGUUGACCGAGGAGGAGCGAGAGGAAGGCCGGAGCGCUGGAGGCAGCCCCGCCCGCUGCGGCCCGGCUCGCUCGCUCGCUGGCUGGGUGUCUCGGCGGCCGGGCGGUCUGCGAGCGUCCCCGCGGUGCGGAGCCGUGCUGCAGCGAGGCGGAGGGGCCGGCGACAGCGGCCGGGAGCGGCGAACCCGCAGCGGGAGCCGGAGCGGAGGCGGUUCGUCGGGCGGCGGCGGGGAGCUGCCGGCGGUGGUGCGGUGCCGGCGGUGCCGCGGCGGCGAUGUGCGCGGCGGGGAGGCGCUGGGGCCGGCGGGAGCGAGCCCUGCUGUGGUGCGUCCUGGUGGCGGCGUGGGAGGCGGCGUGGGGGCAGCUGCGCUACUCGGUUCCCGAGGAGAUGCCGAAGGGCUCGUUCGUGGGCGACGUGGCCAAGGACCUGGGGCUGGAGCUGCCGGCGCUCCGCGACCGCGGCCUCCGCAUCUUGGACAAAGGCAGGACGCAGUAUUUCUCCCUGCACGGGCAGACGGGCCAUUUAGUGACGGCGGAGAGGAUAGACAGAGAGCAGCUGUGCCGAAUGGUGGAGCAAUGCGUGCUGCGCUGUGAGGUGAUCGUGGACGGGGAAAUGCAGGUUUAUGAAAUCGAAGUGGAGAUCACGGACAUUAACGACAACGCGCCCAGCUUCCGAGAGGCAGAAACGGAGCUGAGAAUGAGUGAGACGACAUCGCCGGGGUCGCGGUUUCCUCUCCGGGACGCGCAGGACCCGGACGUGGGUCGGAAUUCCCUGCAGAGCUACGAGCUGAGCGGCGACGAGCACUUCUCGCUGGCCGUGCGGGCGGGCCCCGGCGGGGAUCAGCGUCCCGAGCUGGUGCUGGCGAAGGCGCUGGACCGGGAGGAGGCGGCGUUUCACGAGCUGGUGCUGCGGGCGAGCGACGGCGGAGAGCCGGCGCGGACGGGCACGGCGCGGAUCCGUGUGGCCGUGCUGGACGCGAACGACAACGCGCCCGUGUUCAGGCAGGCGGAGUACACGGUGCGGGUGCCGGAGGACGUACCCGUGGGCUCCGCCCUCGUCACCGUCGCGGCCACCGACGCUGACGAGGGGCUGAACGGGCACGUGAAGUACAGUUUUAAGAAAAUUUCAGACCGGGCGUCAGAACUUUUUCACCUUGACACGGAGUCAGGAGAACUAACCCUUAAGGACGAUUUGGACUUUGAGGAUAUCUCCUCACAUCAGGUGGAAGUGCAGGCACAUGAUCGCGGAGGCCUUUUCGAUACGGCAAUAAUCGCGAUCACUGUGACAGACGUCAACGACAACGCGCCCGAACUGACAGUGUCAUCGUCGCUGAGCGCGAUCUCUGAGGACGCGCCGUCGGGGACGGUGGUGGCCCUGCUGCACGUGCAGGACCGGGACUCGGGCGCGAACGGCGAGGUGCGGUGCUCGCUGGACGGGGGCGUCCCGUUCGAGCUGCGAAGCUCGCAGGGCAGCUACUACCGCGUGGUGACGGCGACGGAGCUGGACCGGGAGGAGGUGUCGGAGUACAACGUGACGGUGCGGGCGAGGGACGGCGGGUCGCCGGCGCUGUGGAGCAGCGCGGUGCUGGCGCUGCGGGUGCUGGACGUGAACGACAACGCGCCGGUGUUCGCGGAGGCGCGCUACAGCGCCCGGCUGCCCGAGAACAACGCGGCGGGCGCGCUGGUGCUGACGGUGCGGGCGGCGGACGCGGACUGGGGGCAGAACGCGCGCGUGCGGUACCGGCUGUCGGAGGGGCGGGUGCGGGGCGCGCCGCUCUCGUCCUACGUGUCGGUGCAGGCGGAGACGGGCGCGCUGUACGCGCUGCGCUCCUUCGACUACGAGGAGGUGCGCGAGGUGGGGCUGUGGGUGCGGGCGGAGGACGGCGGCGCGCCCCCGCUGAGCAGCAACGUGUCGGUGCGGCUCGUGAUCGUGGACGAGAACGACAACGCGCCGCAGGUGCUGUACCCGCCGCCGCCGGCGUCGUCGUCGUCGUCGUCGGGCGCGGGCUGGGCGGGCGUGGAGCUGGCGCCGCGCUCGGCGGAGCCCGGGGCGCUGGUGGCCAAGGUGGUGGCGGUGGACGCGGACGCGGGGCAGAACGCGUGGCUGUCGUACGAGCUGGCCAAGGCGACGGAGCCGGGGCUGUUCCGCGUGGGGCUGCACAGCGGCGAGGUGCGCACGGCGCGCUUCCCGCUGGCCCGCGACGCGGCGCGGCAGAGCCUGGUGGUGGUGGUGAAGGACCACGGGCGGCCGGCGCUGUCGGCCACGGCCACGCUGACGGUGGUGCUGGCCGAGAGCGUGGCCGAGCUGCUGUCGGAGCUGGGCAGCGCGGCGGCGGCGCCGGGCGAGCCGGCCGGCAGCCUGACGCGGUGGCUGGUGGUGGCCGUGGCGGCCGUGUCCUGCCUCUUCCUCGCCUUCCUGCUGCUGCUGCUGGCGCUGCGCCUGCGGCGCUGGCGCCGCUCGCAGCUGCUGGCGGCGGGCAGCGGCGCCUUGCGCGGCGUCCCGGCCUCGCACUUCGUGGGCAUCGACGGCGUCCGCGCCUUCCUGCACUCCUACUCGCACGAGGUGUCGCUCACCGCCGACUCGCGCAAGAGCCAGCUCCGCUGCUCGGGCGGCAGCUGCUGCGACACCCUCCCGGCCCGGCCGCCGCCCGACGAGCCCGCGCCGCUGCUCGGGAAGGACCCCGCCGCCGCCGCCCCGGUCUCAGAAAAUGCCCCUCCCCUCCUGGUAUCCAUCCACGGCCUGAUCGUGGUACCUGUUGGAGGGAAGCGAUCUGAGUGA